UUUUAAUAUGAGUGAUUCUCCCCAGACUCCCAGAGUGUGUAGAAGGAGUUGUAAUCAGGAGUAAGCUAUACAAGGUCGUGUUGAUUUACUAUGUAUUGUUUUUGUUUAAUGAAAGUUAUGUUCUUUCAAAAAGAGAAGCAGGCGUACAUAGCAGUCACAGCAUCUCUGCUAUAGAAUAUAUAGAUAUAGGUAGCUCAACACAAGUAGCACAAUCAUAAUCGACUUAUCUCGUCUUAAAUAAUAUCAAAUAUGUCUCUUCUUGAAGAAUGUAAAAAGGGGUUUGAGGCCAAGUAUGGCUGUGCCCCCACCGCGGGCGCGUCAGCCCCUGGUCGCGUAAACAUCAUCGGUGAACACGUAGAUUACUGUAGUGGAUUCGUGCUCCCCAUGGCGCUGACAAAGCGAACUGUGGUCUGUUGUAAACCCAACGACUCCAAAACAGUUCGAUUUUCAUCCACAGAGGAUAUUCCCGACAUCGAAUUUGAGUUAAACGCGGCUAAUCUUGAGCCCACACACGGUAAGGUCGAGCCCUACUGGGAAAACUACGUCCGCGGAGUCUUCGCACAGUUCCCCAAUUUCCACCAAGGCAUGGAUGCGUUUGUGCACUCCAACGUCCCUGUAGGCGGAGGGCUUUCCUCCAGUGCGGCGCUAGAAGUAGCCAUCUACACACUCCUCGAACAACUCAGCGGCGACAAGCGGUCCCUGGUCCAGAAGUCACAGGACUGCCAGAAGGCCGAGAAUAACUGGGCAGGUGUACCGUGUGGUAUUAUGGACCAAACCAUCUCUGCCAUGGGCAAGAAGGACAAUCUACUGCUACUGGAUUGCCAGAGCAUGGAGACGCGGUACUUCCCGCUGAGCAGCUCAGACCACUGCUUUGUCAUCACCAACUCAAACGUCAAGCACUCGCUGUCCGGCUCUGAGUACCCCACCCGCCGGAAGCAGACCGUACAGGUGCUCGAGGCCAUCCAGGCCAAGUACCCACAGGUUAAGACUCACAGAGACUGCACUAUGGAACAGCUGGAUGCCGUCAAGGGCGACAUCGAGCCAGUGGUCUACAACCGGGGAAGACAUGUGAUCUCUGAGAUAGCGCGCACGCUGCAGUUUGCGGAGGUCUUCGAGGCCGGAGACUUGGAGAAGGCGGGACAGUACAUGUUUGAAGCACACAAUUCGCUGUCCAAGGACUUCGAAGUGUCGACAGACGAGAUCGAUCAAUUAGUGGACAUUGCGCGUGGGGUGGACGGUGUUCUGGGCUCACGAUUAACCGGUGGGGGCUUUGGUGGUUGCACCGUCACACUUGUCAGGAACGAUGCCGUGGACGCUUUCACCAAGGCAGUCGAAGAAAACUACAAACUCGGCAAGGCCACUAUCUUCACAUCAAAGCUGGGUGCGGGUGCUGCGACCGAGUUCUGAUUGUCGAGCACUUUGAUUAAUUAAUUAGAAUACAAAUAGUGAGUAAAUAAUCCUUCAAAUGGAGCUUGUGAAUCUAAUUUCUCAAUGCCGAACACGGUUUCAUGAUAUUUGCAU